UCUUCUGCUUUGCCUCCUUACCCCGUUGUCAGUUUGGACUUGCAUCUGCUGUUCGACAACACCGCUGCUUCACCCGACGGCUCAGCUGAUUUUGAUGGGAAGGGGGCCUCAUUUGAUAGCAGUUAUUUGCCAACGGGACCAUGGGUGCAUGAUAACAUCGAGUACGAGCUUCCUUCGGAAUGGGGCAUAUCCAAUGACAACGUCAUAGCCAACGGACAAGACCUAUCCCUGGACAAACCCACGUUCAUCCAAGAGCUACAUUUCCUCUACGCGGGUGAUGCUGGACCAGGGACAACCGAGUUUGGGAGCGUCUUCACGCUUACAUUCACUGACAACUCUACCUUGGAUGUUGAACUCAUUACGCAAAACUGGUGGAAGUGGCCUGUAAUCAAUAACGGCAUUAUUCACACACCGUACCACUACGAGUCUGGGGGAACAGUGAAGAACGAAAACACGACAGACAUCUUCCAAUGGUCCACUGCUAUACCAUCAGAACUCGCCGUAACCGGCAUCACAUUUCCAAGCAUUGACAACGGCAACAGAGCCCACAUCUUCGCCAUGGCGUUUUCGCCUUCAGUAGUCCCUGCAGAGGCCUCGAAGCCCGAGCUAGCCAUACGCAGAGUUCGGUUCACCACCCGUUGGGAAGCCGUAAACAGUACUCGUGCCCAAGUCGUGGAGGUCACGGUGGCGAAUAUGCUUCCGACGCGUCUUCUGUCUGUGGAAACAUCUCUUCGUUCGAAGCAUGAGAUUUCUAUAUCUGGAUCUGGGGUCGAUACGCUAGUUCCGGGUGUUAUCAGUCGACUUGUGGUCGGAGAUCAAGUCACGGUUGAGGUUUUGGUGUCGGGAAGUCGUGCAGGCGGAAACGCUAUUGUCACAGUCGAGGAUUCUAACGGCGGUAUUGUGGGGACCUCAGCGGGGUGGCCCGUCAGUCCGUUGGUUGAGCAUUGGACUGCGGAUGUUGAUCUUUUAAGAACUCAUGAAACGCCCUCUUGGUGGAACCAAGCAAAGUUUGGUAUCUUCAUUCAUUGGGGACUGUAUAGCGUCCCGGCAUUCGCGCCUCCCUCCUCCUAUGCGGAGUGGUAUGACUGGACCUUGCACCAGGACCCUGGUGCUAGCAACCCCACCUGGGUGUAUCACUUGGAUACAUAUGGAGAAAAUAUUGUCUAUGAUGAUUUCAUGGUUAACUUCACUGCGUCAAAUUUUAACGCCAGUGACUGGCUAAAUCUCAUUGAUGACGCCGGUGCUAAAUAUUUUGUGUUGGUCACUAAACACCAUGACGGCUUCGCACUAUGGGAUACACCUACAACGAACCGGACGUCAUUCGCACUCGGACCCAAACGCGACUUCGUAGGAGAAUUGCUCUCAACAUCGAAGGCGGAGAAGCCUCAUCUCCAUCGAGGAACGUACUUUUCUCUGCCGGAGUGGUUCAAUCCGGACUACGCGAAAUACGGCUUUGAUGUGUGGCCUGGAGGGCUGGCGCACAACGCAUUUAAUUCGUCCAUACUUGAGCCGUAUACCGGGCAUCUGGAGAUUGGCGACUACCUUGAUGAUUUGCAACUGCCCCAGAUGUUGGAAUUGGUAACGACGUACGAGUCUGAGAUCAUGUGGUGCGACAUUGGCGGACCUAACAAAGCGCUAGAAUUUGCCUCCGAGUUCUAUAACAACGCCCUGGCUAAUGGCCGACAAGUUACUCUGAACAAUCGAUGCGGGGCUGUACCAGAUUUCGAUACACCAGAAUACUCGACGUUCAGCGCAAUCCAGCCGCAAGCAUGGGAGAGUAGUGAAGGGAUGGAUCCUUUCAGUUAUGGAUUGAACUUGCAGACCAAGGAUAAUCAAUACAAGAACGCAACAACGAUCAUUCAUUCGCUUGUGGAUAUCGUCUCAAAAAACGGCAAUUACCUCCUUGAUAUCGGACCUACCGCGGAAGGCGAUAUCAUUCCGAUCAUGAGAACUAAUCUCUUGGAUACCGGACGUUGGCUCAAAUAUUCUGGAAGAUGCGUUUACGAUACCAAAUUCUGGUUCCAAGGUUCGCAAGACACGAGGUCGACUUCUGAUGUGCGAUUCUUGACAACGCCAACUACGUUCUGCAUCGUGGUUUUUUCCCGACCAGAGAACGGAAAGAUUGUUAUCGAGAAACGUCUUCCCUUACUCCCUGGGGACGAGAUGGUUCUCUUGGGGCCGGAUUCAGAUAUCCCUGCAAACUGGUCGAUGGACGUGGCAAGCGGACAUUUGACGAUUGACGUAGCAAAGAUUGAUAUUUUCGAGUAUGCAUGGGCGUUUGAAGUACGUUAUAACCUGGAGUGAACAUUUUGUAUACCUUGUGUGUUUGUACUGCUACUUAAAUAAAGUCUUGAAACUUUUUUCAGUGAUGUCAUGCAUGGAGCGGUUCGGGAAAAGCCGG